AUGGCCGCAGGAUCAGCGUACAGUAUCAUGAUGAUCCUAGCACCAAUUUGUAUGACUUCUGGGAGCAUCUCCUCGGCUGUUAACCUUGAUACGCAACUUGUUCUGGAUGCAUAUAACACUGAGUUGGAUAAGCUAGUCCUAAACGGUGGGUAUGGCAUACAGCUAGUGAAGAAGAUCUACAGCAAAGGUAUAGCUGAGUGGAUAGCAGAAUCCAUGGAGAUGUCGUGUAGUGAUAUCUAUUCUGUGAUUGCUGGUGGUAGAGGACGAGAGGUGCCUAGAACGUACCAGAUAGAUGAUGAAGUCCAUGCGAAAUGGCGUGACCUAGCGACCAAACAAGUGGUGAAGGCCGCUGCAAGGUCAGCUGUUGUACUGCAUGGAAUUGCUGUACAUGCACGAUACUACCACCCUGAGAUCGUUGGUAGCAUAUCUAGAUCGAAUAAGAUACAGCGUCAUGGAGUUCGUGGCAAUUGGAUGCAAGCCCUUGCUAAGAACUUCAUCAUAGCCGCUGUUAUAGUACCAUCCAUUGUGAUAUUCCUCAACUAUCCACAGUUCGUCAAGCGUUUCAUGUCCAAUAAAGACAACAGAUCAGAAUAG